UUUUUAUGUCAUCGGGGAUUCGAGCCUGGCCAGUUUACAUAAGAACAGACUGCGCGGCCGUAAGAGUGCCAUAUUUUCGCAAGAUUUAGAUUUUUUUUCAAAUAAGAGUGGAAACGCCGGCAACACGAAUUGCGAAUGCCUCUUCUAAAAAAUUAAAUUUGCAUGCCACAGCGAGUUCAACUCGAGUGAUUCAGUCAUUCGGCAGGCCAUACAAAACACGCCUAGUUUAUUCUGGAGCACAGCACUGUGACUUUGGAAUAACCUCUUCAACCGUGCGCGAGGAUUGUUUGAAGAAGAAAACGACAAAACUCUAUUUCGACGCCACUCAAACUUUUCCGGGAAUGGUAGGAGAAGUUACAAGCAGGGGCGUGCCCUCGGUGACACUUUCGGGGUUGAUUAUUUCGUUAAAUAAUCUUCAGUUAUGGGAUUAAACAUCUCGGCUGGGCGGACAUUGCAAGAGGAAGGAUCACUGGAUGCCAGAAAUGAUGAUAAGAUUGUUAAAUACAUGAAUGAUGUGAUAAAUGGGGACAAUGUUCAUGUAUCCAGAGAGGAUGACGAAGACCCUUUCUUUGUGUUAGAUCUGAAGGAUGUGGAGAAGAAGCACCACCUAUGGAAGCAGGAGUUUCCAAAUGUGCAACCAUUCUAUGCUGUUAAAUGCAACUCCAACAGAAGAGUACUAGAAAUGUUAGCUAUACUUGGAGCUGGUUUUGAUUGUGCGAGCAAGGUAGGCAUGAACGGCGGAGUUACAGCAGGUGCUUGAUCUAGGCGUUCAGCCUAAUAGGAUCAUAUAUGCACACCCAUGCAAAGCCAAAUCACACCUCAUGUUCGCCAAGGAGAACGAUGUCCGACUCAUGACGUUCGACAACGAGGACGAGCUCGUCAAAAUAAAAGAAGUCUUUCCAAAAGCGAGGUUAGAUCGACAAAAGAUGUUACGUUAUCACAUUUAGGUGCACUUCUUUCAGGUUUUUUUUUUCAAACUUGCUUCUUAGUUUUCAUUUUGAAAAGGAAAAUUCCUUUUUGUUUGUUUCGAAUUACCACCAUUUAAUAUACCUGCCAUAUGCUGUUAUACUAACUACCACCAUGAUUACGGCCAUGACAAGGCAGAUUUGUAAAAUAAGGAGGACAAUAAACUGAUAAACAUUUA